UUGACUAUAGAGACUAGCGACGGUGCGAAGCUAGACGAAGUUUUCACUGCAAGCGCUUUGGGUGCGUUUUUUGAACCUUCGCUCAAAACCGCAGUCGGCUGCUAGUUCGACAUCGUUAUUAUUAUUUUUGAAUUUUGAAAUGUCUACUAGUUGUGAACUAGUCGCCCUGUAAUCGCGGCAGUGGAGAACUCUUUCAUCUGUCGCCUCGGCACGAUUCGGUAUGUACUGGCGGACCGCGUCGUACUCGAACAUCACUAGAAAGUGCAAGUUGUCAAAAAUAUGUGCGUUUUAGAACGUGUGUGGCUAUUUUUAAAAUCUGAUUAGACAAUACGACAGUCUACGGCCCCGAGGUGGGAUACAGUUUUCCUCGAGAUUGAAGAUUGUGAAAUCACUAGCACGAGAUCAGUGAAUGUUUUCCAGCCGAAGUGGAUUGAACGUCGGAGAAAAAAAAUAAACAUCGUGCAUACAAAUAAGCGAAAUCGCAUCGGUUCGGUGUGAUUAAUAAUCAGCAUCAAACAGCGAGUGAUAAGAAGAGCGCAAAAAACACGUGCAGGAAGAAAACAAAAGGGAAAAGUGCAUACAGCAAGUACCAUCUACAGCCACGAGUACGGCCAGUAAGUGGAAGCAGAAAUCCGAUAAAUUAUUGGCGUGAUUUUUGGGGAAGCUGCGAGAAAGCCGUACCAUAGCUGAAGUAUAUUUUUUUCAUAUUCGUUCGCGUUCGUGUUGAGUGGUAUAUGUGUGCCUGUGAACCAGUGUGGGGUCGUCGGUAGAAUUCUUGGCAAAAGGAUUUCUGCUUGCUCGGCCGGUCCGUCGUUUACUGUCUGUGUCUGUCUCCCAGCCUGACUACCGAAGCAGCUUUGGCUGGUGCUGAUCCUAUCAUAACAUUAUCAUUUGGAGAGGCAGCGGAGACAAACCGGUGCAACGAUUCGGCACGAUGGAAGCGGUGGCAAAGCAUGAUUUUAAUGCCACGGCCGAUGAUGAGCUCAGUUUCCGGAAGAACCAGGUUUUAAAGAUUCUUAAUAUGGAAGACGACAUGAACUGGUAUAGAGCCGAGCUGGAUGGGAAGGAAGGUCUGAUACCCAGUAACUACAUAGAAAUGAAAAACCACGAUUGGUACUAUGGUCGCAUCACACGAGCAGACGCCGAGAAACUCCUGUCCAACAAACAUGAGGGUGCAUUCCUGAUACGGAUCAGCGAGUCCAGUCCGGGAGAUUUCAGCCUUUCGGUAAAGUGUUCCGAUGGGGUGCAACAUUUCAAGGUACUUCGCGAUGCACAGGGCAAAUUCUUCCUCUGGGUGGUGAAAUUCAGCUCACUAAACGAACUGGUCGAUUACCACCGGACCGCCAGCGUUUCUCGCUCACAAGAGGUCAAACUGCGCGAUAUGGUGCCGGAGGAGAUGCUGGUACAAGCCCUGUACGACUUUGUCGCGCAAGAAUCCGGCGAGCUUGACUUCCGACGAGGGGACGUUAUUACCGUCACCGAUCGCUCCGAUGAGCACUGGUGGAACGGCGAAAUUGGCAACCGAAAAGGACUCUUUCCAGCAAUAUACGUAGCUCCCUACCAUUCAUAAGAUCUAAGUAUAUUAUUAUUUUUUGCUAUAUAAAUAUUAUAUAUAUUUUUAAUGUUUAACUGAGACAACAAAAUGAUGAAAAAACUAACAAGAAAAAAAAAACAACAAUCAGCGGAUUGUGGGGAUCGCAAACCCACUCGUUCCGGCUUUGGCCGGACAGCUAAAAGUGGCGUUUGUGUUAGCGAUUCGACCAUGCAAUCCUACCGGAUGCCAAUACAACACGAUCGAUGUACCGCAAGCAGAAUUAUUAAAACGGAAACGCACGAUGUAGCGCCGAAUGAAGGCAGUGAAAAUGAUGUAAAUUGUCGAAUAUAAGCGAACUGAGAUCUUUCCGCCAGAAGACGAGCAAACGUCUGGGCCUGCGGGCAAAAAUAUAAUCUAAAACAUACAUACGCGGAAUCAAAAGAAAUCAAAUUCAGGUGUUAAAUGUUUAGAUUGGAUAAUAUAUCAUACAAGUUUUAGAUGAAGCGAGCAGCACCCCAGAGAACAAAAAAAUAACACCAGAAAACAUGGAUAUCCAUUAGCUUACCGGAGAUAAUUGGAAAAUGAUUGUGGAACACAAUGACGAAAAAAUGACUAAUGUUUAUAGUUCUUCCUUGUUUUUAUGUUGUAAAAACUCACAUUAAAAGCAUUUCUAUUUCCUCGUUCUCGAACUUUUGUUUGUGUAAUUAUUUUAUGUAGACUUGGUUAGGUUUUUUUAUUUGCGUAUACACACUAUGUAGGAACAAACUUUGACUAAUUUCUUUUCAUAGAAAAGCGUAAUUUUGCAUUAUGUGUAAUAGCCCUUAAGUGUAAUGUGUCACACAAAAUAAAGAUGAAAAAAAACACUUUCAAGUCGAUACCCAACUUAGUUUUCCAGUUUGAAUUACUACAGUCGUGUUUUUACAAUCUUGCAUUUGAAUUUUAAGCCCUCCCAUAAACUAUAUCCGAUUCUAGAGAGCGGGUAAAA